AAAAUCGGCCGAUUUUUCGGGCGAAAAUAAAAUCGGCCGAUUUUCGGAUCGUUAGUGGGCGAUUUGGUCGGCCGUUUUUCGUUGGAAAAAAAUUUUGCCGAUCGGCCGAUUUUCGCGGCAAUUAGUGGGCAAAUCGGCCGAUUUUUUACCGAUAAAAAAUCUGCGCAUGAGCAGUGACCUGCAAGAGGAAGACAAAAAGAAGAAAAAGAAGAAGAUGAAGAUGAAGAAGAAGAAGAGGAAGAAGAGGAAGAAGAGGAUGAAGAAGAAGAAGAGGAUGAGGAUGAAGAAGAAGAGGAUGAGGAUGAAGAAGAAGAAGAAGAGGAUGAGGAUGAAGAAGAGGAUGAAGAAGAAGAAGAAG